AUGGCUUUGAGCCAAUUAUUUCAAUUUGCAUGCACUAUAGUUUUAGGACAUGGCAAUAAUAAUAAUUCAAGUCAAGAAAAAGUGGGUAAACCAGGAACAACCAGUUUAGAUAUUCACGACAAAAUUGCUCAGAAGAAAAAGAUGAAUGAUUUUCAAAUGCCACUUCAUUAUCCAAGGUACAAGAAGGGAGAUUAUGAGAAAAUGGAAGAAUGGAAAUUGGAUACUCUUCUCAAGCAAUAUGGAUUCUUUAAUUUUGAUGGGACUUUGGAGGAAAAAAGAAAAUUUGCUAUUGGUGCAUUUUUAUGGCCUGAUCAACUUUGA